AUGCAGGUGCGUAUGCAAGUCUUGGUCCUCCCUCAUCCGCAUUCCUUUGUCGCCACCUUCCACAACUUUCACUGCAACGACAAGCGCACCACUCACUUCCUUUUCAAAAAGCGUAGCCUCCAUAAGGAUAACCGCUACUUCUCGACAAAAAUAGAGCAACAAGAGAAUGCUCCAAAACCCCUCGCCGAACUUUCAUACCUGACUCAGUGCAAAGCUUUCAAAGAGUUAUGUAAUGGUGUGCAGAGUGUUCAUGGCUUGGUUUGUGCGUCCACUAUGUUUGACGACCCUGUUUCCGUACUUAACCCUACCACUCGAGAGUCCAUCGAACUUCCCCAUACCGAUGUGCUUGUACAAACAGAAGGAGUGUCUCCAUUCGCUCAAUAUUACUUUGGGUUCAGUCCACUCACAAACGAGUAUAAGGUUCUGCAGAUCAUUAAAGUUAAUCCCAGUGGACUUGGAAAAUUGGAUAUUGGGUUGUUGAACAUAUUCACAAUAGGUACAGAUUCUUCGUGGAGGCCAUUGCGGGUAGACCAACACAGCGACCUUCUGGAGGAGUUAGGCAGUGGAGUGGGUAUCAAUGGGGUCGUACAUUGGCUCCAUGAGAAGCAGAAAGUGAUAGUGGCUUUUGACGUUAGAGAGGAGACAUUCAGAGUGUUGCCAUACCCCAAGAUUAUGCUCAAGUGUUUGAUGAUUAUGUUGAUCAAGAUAAUAAUCUCUAUCGUUAUGGAAGUGUUGCCGAUUCUUAUUGCCUACAAAGUGCAGCUGUGGUUGAGGUGGGGGGAAUGCGUGGGUGUGUUUGUAGACAAGUCGUGGAAACAGGACAAGAUCGUGUUAUGGAUUUUGAAGGACUAUCAAAACCAUGCGUGGGUUAAGGAGACUGUUAGUUUGAUGUUGAAAGAAACAUAUGGAGAAAAUGGGUGCUACGUUCAAGCUCUGGGUACAAUUCACACAGGUCAGCUUGCGCUCGUUCACUAUUUAAAUGGACUUAAACCGGGUUUUGACACCGGUCCACCCCAAUUGCUUCUUUAUGAUGUGAAGACCAAACAAUUUAGAAUAAUUAGUUUUGUUUUUCCUGAUAGUCAAAGGAUGUAUGAUAUUAAUUUAAUUACUAGUUAUGAAGAUAGUAUUGUACCCUUAAAAUGA